AUGAGUCUCACAGACACUGUUGGCAAGUGUGCAGCUAUUGCAACUAUUGGAACAUUCUUUGCUCCUGUUCUUAUAUGUCGAGAUAUAAUAAAAAAUAAAAGCACCAAGAAUGUUGAUCCUACACCUUUUAUUGGAGGUAUGGCUAUGUCUAUACUUAUGAUCAAAAAUGGAUUACUUAUGAAUGAUCCUAAUAUUAUACCAGUUAACAUUUUUGGAUUUAUAUUAAACUUGAUUUAUUUUUUAGUGUUUUAUUUUUUUACUGCUGAUUCGAAACCAUUAUUGUCAAUGUUAACUAAAGCUACAUUAUUCACUGGUGUACUAUGGGGAUAUUCAACAAUUGAAAAUGAAAAACUAAUUGAAUACCGUUUUGGAGUUAUUCUCACUGUAUUAAUGUUGGCACUUAUUGGAUCUCCUUUAUUUUCUUUGAAUGAUAUCAUUAAAAAUAAAGAUGCAUCAAUGCUACCUUUUCCAAUGAUUGCUUCUGGAAGCUUUGUUGCAUUCUUGUGGUUAAUAUAUGGAUUGUUAAUAGACAACAUUUUUAUUAAGGUUCAAAACAUUGUAGCUGUUAUAUUGUGUUUGAUCCAAUUAGGAUUAAUAUUUAAAUAUCCUAAACCGGAAAGCAAGAAACUUGAUUAA